UCUAGUCAUGAACUCCGUCAAAAAAGAGCCCGCGUUAGCUAAUGUUUUCGCGGAAGACUCUGACAAUGAGCGGACGUUUUACGGCUUUUCUGACGGUGAACUCGGUGACCACGACGUGAAGAAGGAGUACAAGUUGGAAAAUAGUGAUGAAGAAGCCCAACCCGAGCUCUCCCUUAAGAAGGAGACUACCACAUCCAAAGGAUCUUCAGGGGGCCAGACCUUCAGGCUGAGGGUGGCUCUCCGGUCCACUCGUUCAAGCCAGCAGUCAAAUGAUGAUGAUGAAGAAGAAGAAGAGGAGGCCGAGGAGGAAGGAAAGAGGAAAAUAAAGAGAGGACUAGGAAAUAAACGCAGCGCAAAGAAGAUGAGACAUGUUACAUUUGAAGAUGAAAACGAGAUGAUUAAAAUGACCCCUGCUGAGGAGCAUGGAUCUGAUUUAGCAGAAGAUGUUGCUGAUUCUUUCCUGGCCAAGAGACAACAGAACAUCAAGGCCAACAAAGCAAUGUUGGCUCAGCUAAUGGCAGACCUGCAGAAGAUGCCAGGAGGGGCCGGGCUUCUGAAUAAACAAGCAGGAAAACAGAAAACAAAAGGGAAACGUUCUCGUCCUCCACGUUCUGGGGGAGAGUCCAGGAAGAACCCAGAGCGAGUGUCCCGCAGAAUGACCCGCUCAAUGGGGGGAGUUGGAGACCCAUUAGCCCUCAAGGAGGAAGAGCUGGAACUCAGCCUGGAGGAGGAGCUAGUGGAGGUACGCCGAGCCCCACGUGACCGAGGUGCCCCACGUCCUAAUCAGGGCAAACCUCAUUUAAUCCGCCCUGUAGAGGACAUCACAGAGGAUGAGCUGCAGCUGGUCGCCGACAACAUGACUGAAAAAGUCUACAAUAGAGUUACUGGCUCCACAUGCCAUCAGUGCCGUCAGAAAACGAUUGACACAAAGACGUGCUGCCGCAGUGAGGACUGUCGAGGGAUUCAGGGUCAGUUCUGUGGGCCGUGUCUGAGGAACAGAUACGGAGAGGAUGUCAAGAAGGCGCUGCUCGAUCCGGAGUGGAAGUGCCCUCCCUGCCGAGGCAUCUGUAACUGCAGUUUCUGCCGCCAGCGUGAGGGUCGCUGCCCGACAGGCAUUCUGUUUCCCCUCGCUCAGUACCACGGCUUCUCUGAUGUCCACUCCUACCUCAGCAGCCUACGAAACAAACUGGCGAGUGAGGAUAAUGUGGAGAUGUGAUGUCAACACUAGAGGAUGCUAUUUCUCAGUUCUUCUCUGAAGAUUUUUAACUCUAGUGUUUUUAUCCUUGUUACAUGAAUUUUAGAGUUUAACAAAUAAAGCUUUUCUUAAAAUCAGCUGAU